AUGACCAAGAAACAGUUGCCUGAGCCAUUGAAUAAUUUAUCUGACAACCAUUGUCACUUUAGUCCUGAGGCGACUCGUGAAGAUGCGUACAAACUCGCAGAUACCUUGAAUGGUCUCGAUAUUGAGUUCCCCACCAAGUUCUUCCACUUGAUGACUACGCAACAUAUCGAUAUAGAUUGUAUUGAUAUUUUGUUGACACAAUUGCAGAAACCAGAUAUAGUGGUACCGUAUUUUGGAGUACAUCCAUGGUUCAGCCAUUUGUUCUACAUAGGCGACAAAAAGCCGAAUAAGAGUGAUCAUUAUCGUCAUAUUCUCAAGCCAGAACCUAGUGAGGAGUUGAUUGACACUUUACCUGAGCCAAUGAGUAUGGAUGCACACACAAACAAAAUGAAGGACAUCAUAAAGAAACACAAUUUGACAGUUUAUGGAAUUGGCGAAAUUGGAUUAGACAAAUUGUUUCGAGUUCCAAAACUGGGCUGGCUUGGUAAUCCUAAUCAUAUCACAAAGGAACAAGACAAACUCACCAAAUCGCGUGUCACAAUCGAGCAUCAAAUGGAUGUUCUCAGACACCAGCUACGACUAGCAGAGAAACUAGGUAAGCAAGUAUCUCUUCACUGUGUUAAAGCUCAUGGUGCACUUUACGAGGAAGCGAUACAGUACAAAAACAUAGUUGUUGUGCUCCACUCAUACACUGGCUCCACGGACCAAGCAAAAAGAUGGCUAAAGAUGGCUCCAGUAAAGCUCUAUUUCUCGUUAUCGGAUUGGAUUAAUGGUGAGAAAGAUGAGUUGUUGAAGCUACUAAUGGAUCACUUUGAUGGAUCGGAAAUAUUAACAGAAAGUGAUGUGGGAAUCGAACGAUAUUUCCUACAAGACAAAUCAUCAGAGUAUUUUCGCCAUCUUACUGGCAUCUUUCAAAAAAUAAACUCUUACAAACAUAUAGAACCGUCUCAGAUCAAGUCAAACAUGUUAAAUUCGCUAAAUACAACUAUAAUCUAG